AUGGUCUUCCUGGCAAUGGCUCUCCCUCCGGGGCCGAUUCUGGACAUCGCCGCCCCUAAUAUGUUGUUUCCGUUGCUUGCGAUCGCCUUGAUUCCGUGCCUCGCGCUUCUCCUUUUGCAGCUUCUUCCCAAGGGACCCGCCAUCAACGGGGUUCCGGGAUCGAUCUUGGAUCUUUUCGUCUGCGGUAUCGAAACCAAGUGGGCUUUCCUCUCUGGAAAGAGUGCCCAGCAAUUCAAUGCUCUCCAUGACUCCUAUGGAAAGAUUGCCCGCUUUGCUCGCGGACAAGCCACGACCAACACCAUCAAAGGGCUUCGCGGCAUCUACGGCGCUUCCAGCAAAGGCAGUGCCUUUCUGAAGACCGGCUUCUACAAGAGCAUCUCGCGCCGCAACAUCUUCACGGCAUCUGACCCCCACUACCAUUCCAGCGUGCGCAAGCUCUUCGGCCCCUCGCUGACCCCGGGAAGUAUGAGUGAGCACGCCGGCGUGGUGCGCGAAUGCAUCCUGCGCUUCCACGACGUGAUCAAUGAGAAGAUCCAGAAGAACAGCACCCUCAGCCUGAACCAACUCCUCUAUUGCCACUCGGUCGACACCGUGUCUGAGGUGCUCCUUGGCAAGCCCUUAGGCUGUCUCAAGCGCGGCAAGCCAUACUUCUGGACCGAGCAACUGCCGCGAAUCUUCUUCUGGGCCACGGUCCGCGACCAAUUCGAUGGCUCCGGCGUGCCCACCGUCAUGAAAUGGAUGCUACGUCGGAUCCUGCGCAAGGGAAUCCGGGCCCGCAGCGAGGAGGCGCGCAUGAGAUUAAUCAACGAGCAGUUGCACGCCUCGCAUGGCCGCCGUGACAUCAUGGUGGAAGUGAUGGAGCGCGCGGGCGAGAGCGACUUGCCGCAGGAGGAGAUUGCCGAGAAUUUCUCGGCCAUCAUGCUGGCGGGCUUCCACACGACCCAGAACGCCCUGUGCGCCGCCAUCUACUUCGUCCUGACCCACCCGGAGGCCCACGCGAAACUGGUGCGGGAGUUACAGGCGUCCUUCUCCGGCGCCGACGACAUGUCCGGCGAGGCCGUCCAGAAUCUGCCCUACCUGAAUGCCGUGAUCACCGAGGCUCUGCGUCUCUACCCUCCCGUGCCCCUCGGUGGCCCGCGUGUUUCGAAGGGCGCCUACGUCGACGGCACCUACAUCCCCGAAGGUACGGAAAUCUGCACCUCGCUGUUCGCCUUACAUCAUAACCCCGAGUACUUCAACGCGCCGUGGGAGUUCAUUCCGGAACGCUGGACGGAGCCGGGAUGUACGGACAAGAAGGAAGCCGUGCAACCGUUCCUGGUGGGCAGCCGGUCCUGCAUCGCCAAGUACUUCGCCAAGCAGAUGAUGCAGCUGACGCUGGCGGGCUUCUUCCUGGACUUCGACGCCCAGUACGUGGGCCGGGUCAAGGAUUGGCAGCGCGAGAGCCGGUGCUACGCCUUCUGGGAACUGCCCGAUCUGAAGGUGAAGAUCCAGAGACGGCAGGCGGCGAACUAA